AGUCUCUCGAGGUUAGUGGCCAAUCUCGUUAGGCAUCAGGCUUCGGCCAGAGUUCAGCCGUUGUUGCCCGCGGGUCAUCCCUUCUGAGACAAUAUUGCCACGUACUGAAGUGGCUCUAUCAUCGGUCUAAAGAAGCCGUCAUUUCAGCGGUUAAGACUAGCACUGGUCGGUCAAGAGUGCAUUUCUGGCGGGUGACGCAAGCAUCGAUGGAGUUCCGAAUACAACGUGAUCCUGAUUAUGAACAUGUCGGGUUCGUCGGCUGAUUCUCAUGCACCAACGUGCUCUUCCCUUCAUGCUGGUGCAGGGUCGGGAAUAGAAGCGAUGGCAGGCGCAAGUGACGAUGGUACCGCGGCCGGCAAUGAUCCUCAGGCAGAGCUUAAGCGGUUCCGUCUGCAGUGGCAACGCGAUUUACACGACCAGCAACGGCGUCGGAGACAACAUUCUCCCGAGGUACGCAAGGCUGAGUCAUCAGCUCCCCGAGAUGCACUUGGAAAAUCAAGCAGCCGCUUGAACGAAUUGAUUUUAAGGUCGUCGCAAUCCAUAUCGGCUGCGGUCGCGGUCCCAUCUGAGGGUGCGGCGGAUCAAGAGGACCCCGCAGUGGUGCAACUCACCCGGAUGAUGGUGAAUUGCUUCUCUACAAAUGUGCAGCAGUAUUCAGAGGCAGUUCUUAAAGAGAGGGUACACGCGUUUGACGAAGCCCUCGAACUUUACCGGAAAAGUUUUCGUACUGAUGCCAAUGUCGAUCACACCUUCCAGAAUGCUGCCAUGCUCUUGGAGGAGCCCCAAGUGCAGCACUAUCUCUCUGAGCACGAAAGUCUUCGGACCGUAGCCGCAAAGGUUGCAGAAGCUACAGAGGGCCUCGCAUCGCAAGCCCGCAUGCAGCCCGCUACAAAAUCACGAUCGCUUUCAAAUACUCGGAUCACGCAGGAAGCAGCUGCAGAAACAGCGCAAGCGAGUACGGAAAGCAUGGAAGCACCACCUUCUCCGGAGGGAGCUGCGAAUAUACAACACUUGCUGACGCGGGCUCGAGCAUUGCGCCGAAAACUAACAGAGACACUUGCUCAUGACAAAGAAAAGGCAGAAAAAGCAGCACGGCUGGGCAAUGUGGAUGCCUUUGUCCAGGCGAACGAAGACACACUGUGCAUGAUAGCCAAGCUACCCGAUGAGGUCGUCCUUCUCAUCCUACGACACCUGAUCUCUAUGCCCCAUGGUCGCACCACUCUUUCUAGAGCGAUGGGCAUUGUGCAUGCAGCAGACACAUUGGCCCAACACGCGGAACGUGCUCCUGAUGAAGUGCAGCAGCAGCCGGACUGUGUGCCAAAGAUCCGGAAGAAAGACCAGUCGAUACUGAAUGACCCUCGACGCAAAGCCAUCUCGCACCUCAUGCAGGGUAUGGAUCACACCUCACUUGAACUUCUCGGGCGCGUCUCGUGGAAAUUCAGGGUGUUGAGUCUCGACCCUGAUCUGUGGCGUCGCCUCGUCGAACACGUGUAUAAAACUCCUCAACUACUCCCUGAAACCAAGCCUGCAGUGUGGCACCGACAAGUUGCACCGCGCUGGCGAGAAGCAUACAUCAAGCACCCUCGUGUGCGCUUCAACGGCGUCUAUAUUGCUUCUUGCCAAUACACGAGGCCGGGGGUGAACGAAGAAAAUGUUUGGAUCAAGGUCAUUCACGUCAUCGAAUUUUAUCGUUAUUUCCGCUUCCUUCCAGAUGGACGGUGCCUCUCUCUGCGAACAACGGAUCCCCCGACGGAGGUAGUUCGCAAGAUUGAUCCAUCCCUCCGUGUGAAUGGGUUUGCUAUCGGAUCCUGGCAACUGUACCCGGAUGGACUGGAGGACGACAAAUUGUUCGGGCGGCCGCCCGGCCCAAAAUUGCAAAUCACGCACUUGUAUGACGAGACGAUGCCGAGCAUCCGUUUCCGUCUGAUCCUACUCCUUCGUAACGGAGGGCCAAUUGGCAGGUGGAACAAGAUGGACUUGCUAGAGUACCGCUCGGUCAACCUCCAUACAGGCGAGGACGAACCUUUGUUGCAGAAACACUCCAAACCUUUCUUCUUCAGCGCCGUUCGAUCCUUCAUAACAUAGCCAAUGCUACCACUCGUACCAAACCAUCUUCACACUGUUGAAUCUUUGACCGUCUCAGCGGAUUGACUCUGGAGUGGCUGAACGACGCUGUUGCACACAGGAGCCAGCAGGACAUGUGCCAAUGCGCCAAUACGCUGUUCAAAAGCUAGCACAUUCCCCUCCUUCACAGCAGCGACAGGAUAAUAUGAAGUCUCGUACUGCGCAAUGCAAUCGAGACUCUUGAUGAAACAGUCGAUUUUGUGUUGCUGCGUUGGCGAUGACGAGAAAGCGAACGCAAGUAGUGAUGCAAUCGCUGUUGCACCGAUGGUGGCGCUGGUUUAAUACCGUCCGAAACGCGGAUUUGCCCAAAUGGAUCCCGCACGGGGAUGAAGCCUGUGUCCCGCAAACCUGCAAACUCCACUUGGACCCAUAACAAAGUAGAAUAAGGCGCAGCUUGGGCUCCUCAAGGCUGGCGCUAUAACAGAAUACGAUGUGCC